AUGACGUGGAUCACAAAUUAAGCUAACAUGUCUUUAUCAUGCCUCCACCACCACUCCUCCUUACUAUCUUCCUCCUUUUCCUCACAUCCGCCGCCGCCACCACCAACGCCCAGCACUCCAAUCCUGGCCCCGACUGCACAGAAUGCACGCAUUAGCUACUCCAGCAACAUGCAUACAUCGCAGGAUCGACGCAGCUGGAGAGAACUUUCGGCAACUCCGACAGGAACAGCUCGAGCUCGGCAACUCCGACCGGAAACGCUUGAGCUCCUUCUGCGAGGUCACGAAGAUCCAGAAUUCCUUCACCGCCAUUCUGUGGCAGAAUCCCCUCAAUUUCAUCAGCAAACCCUCGGCAUUGUCGACCUCCGCGCCGUCGCCAGAGAAAGAGAUCGACAGCACGCACGCCCACCCCAAAUCAUAGCUAUUGCUCGCGCUGCUCGCCACCGGGAAUACCUCAAAGGUCGCCUCCAGCACGAUUCGCAGGAUCCAAGCAGCCGGAGAGGGAUUUCGGCAACUCCGACUGGAAUAGCUCGAGCUCCUUCUUCAGCGAGGUCAUCAAGAUCCAGAAUUCCUUCGUCGCCAUUCUGCGGAAGAAUCCCUUCAAUUUCAUCACCAAACCCUCUGAAUAGUCAACCUCCUCCUCCUCCGCACCGUCGACCUCCACCUCCUCCUCCUCCUUUGUGCCGUCGACGGAGAAGGAGCUUCCAACAGAGAGUGCAACUCGUCAUCAGAGACGUCUAUGGAUAUUUCUUGAAACAACGGCGUUCUCCACGUCAUUUCAAGCUUGCCACGUACUCAAGAUUUCAACCGGAAAACUACAAGGUCGGGUCAAAAGGGAAAUACUAGCAACCCGGU